UAACCAACCAGCAAACCCUCCCGCGUUGGCAUUACGAUUUCGUUUGUGCCUAAUUUUGGUAUCUAUAGAGUAGUGAAUAAUUGUUUAGCCUGUUAAUUCAUGCUUGUUAUCGUAUUAAUUUGUGAAUUGUGUAUGAAGUUCUUUUCUUACUGCAUCACUUACGAGUGCUGCAGUGAUUAAUUAGUGUGAGAGGUAUGUCUGCAUUGGACGAAAGUCUUCUCAGUCUGGAAAAACUGGAUCGCACAUCACCAGAACUGUGGCCCGAGCAAAUUCCAGGGGUGUCAGAAUACAUGUACCUAAAUACUACGGCACAGAACAACUUGCCACAACCAUGGGCACGCCCACUAGAUCAAGAAGAUGUAAACCUCCUGACCUAUUACGGAACAUUGUCAGUAACAACUUUAAUAGCGGAAGUAAAGCGCCUGCAUGAUAUUGCCUAUAGAUUGGGUUUGGAGGAAGCCAAGGAAAUGACAAGAGGAAAAUAUCUAAACAUCCUUGAAAAACGAAAAAGAAGAUAACUGAUCUCAUCUUAUACUUGAGAUGGAUUGUAAUAUACAAGAAAAUUAUUACAUUAUUUCAUAGUAUAUUUUAUUUCACAUGUUAUGUUAAAAUAUAUAUAAUAAUCACUGGUUUGAGAUUAUUAGAUUAUUCAUUUUUAAAUCAAUUAUUGUCAACUAAGUGUGGUUUUAUUGUAAUAAAUUAACGAUUUGGUUACUAGAAGAGUUUACUAUUUACAGCUCAAACUCCCCUUAAAAUAACUAUUAGUUGUAUGUGCAAAGUUGAGUAACAUGAUUCUAGAAUGAAAAAACCAUUUUGGCUUUAACCCAUUGGUUUUUAAAUAUUGUCACACUGUGCCUCUACGGUUCCAUUAACUCCUUUAUUAUUGGUAUAGUAAUCACUGGUUUAAAAUUAUUAGAUCAUUAAUUUUUUAAUUAAUUAUUGUUAAUUAAGUGUGGUUUUAUCGUAAUAAAUUAAUUAUUUGGCUACUGUAA